UUUUCGUCGUCUCCGUACUACACGCGCGCACCAACUUACGCUCACGCCACACUUCCUUCUCCCUUCCCCCUCUUUCUCUCUCUUGCGUUAACAAAAUCCCAAAAAACACACACCACAUCAACACCUGAAAAGGAAGGGUGAGGUGUGUGUUUCUGUGUGGAAUCGCAAGAGCACGUACUUGAAGAGAGUGCACAUCAAUGGAGAUAGCUCAGGUCGGUGUCAGGACUCGAGCUCGACCAGCAUUAUCCAUGGAAGCUGACAGUUCAGCUGCACGAACACCGAAGAGAAGGAGGGUUAACAAAAGUAAGCAAGAGCCAAAAAUCUCAACACCCGCCAAGAGUCCGAGAAGGAGUUCUUCCGUCGUCAAACCAGAGACGGAGACGGCGGAACGCUGCCUCAGCCCUACCUCCGAUGAAAUUCCGGCGUCUUGCUGUUCCAGCAACGGAUCCGUUGAACUCGAUGAGGAGAGGAUCAAACUGUUAGAUCUGGAGGUGGAGAGCGCGCAGGUUGAAAUGUCGACGUGCAAUGGCGGUGAAGAAAUUGAGAGGAAAGAAAUGAGCCAUUCGAGCGAGCUUCGAGAAAAUUCGCAGGAGCUGGAUUCAAUGGAGACCGAUUCUCGCCUUCCCAUAACAACGGCGCAAAAUAUGCCUUCUGAGUUGGAGCUAGAAGAAUUCUUUGCUACCGCCGAGAAAGACAUUCACAAACGGUUUCAAGACAAGUAUAAUUAUGAUAUUGUGAAGGACGUGCCAUUGGAAGGUCGUUACGAGUGGGUUCAGUUGAAGCCAUGAAAAUGUGAAACCUGCUUUGGCUCUUCUUUAUCUCUCCACCGAUGAAAAAAGACACCCAUCGAUUUGAACAUGCCAUUUUGUUGACUUUAUUCUUAAGUUUAGUUUAGGUAUUUUAUUUCAAUCUUAUCUUUUACGCCAGCCAAGACUCUUUUAUCUGGUGUACAGCUUUUAUAUUUCGUGUGGUUAAGGUGAACAGGAAUUUAGCUUCGUUUGUUCUUUGUACGGGUUAUACGGAGAAGAAACUUAAAGCUUCUUGUGCAGAAUUCUGUAAAUUCCCUUGGAAGAACAAACGAUUCCAUUACAGUUUUAU